AAACAGUGUACCAGCGCCUGAGGUGGGAGGAUGUGAUGACGCUGUGCCCCUGCGCAGCGGGAACUUGGGCCUUUAAAAAGCUGAGGAAACAGCUUCUGAGCAAGCAGUGGCUACACUGGAGGAAAGCACACCCAGGUCUCACAUUAAAGAAGCCAAACUGUCUGCUUCAAAGAGAAAAGGCAACAUCCUGUCACAGGCCAUGCUCUGGCAAAAAUAUAAAGCUGACCAUUCUAAAUUCAUGCAAUGAAUCUUGAUCCAAAAAGGAGUGAUGUAUUCAAUUCCUCUGCUCCACCUCCUCAGCCAGCUACAACGCCAGAACAGGCCUCGGCUCCACCACGGCCAUACCAGGGUGUCCGUGUGAAGGAGCCAGUGAAGGAGCUGCUGAGGAGGAAACGUGGCCAUGCCAGUAGCGGGGCACCAGUCACACCUACUGCGGUGGUGCUACCCCACCAGCCGCUGGCGACCUAUACCACAGUGGGUCCUUCCUGCCUUGACAUGGAGGUGUCUACUUCCACAGUGACAGAGGAGGGGGCCCUGUGUGCCGGCUGGCUAUCCCAACCUGCCCCGGCCACCCUCCAGCCCCUGACCCCAUGGACACCCUAUACCGAGUAUGUGCCCCAUGAAGCUGUCAGCUGCCCCUACUCAGCUGACAUGUAUGUGCAGCCCGUGUGUCCCAGCUACACGGUUGUGGGGCCCUCCUCAGUGCUGACCUAUGCCUCCCAGCCGCUCAUCACUAAUGUCACGACAAGAAGUGCUGCCACUCCCACUGUGGGAACCCCACUGGAGGGCCCGGAGCACCAGGCUCCGCUUACCUACUUCCCGUGGCCUCAGCCCCUGCCUACACUGCCCACCUCCACCCUGCAGUACCAGCCUCCAGCUCCAGCCCUGCCUGGGCCUCAGUUUGUCCAGCUCCCCAUCUCGAUUCCAGAGCCAGUCAUUCAGGACAUGGAAGACCCUAGGAGAGCCAUCAGCUCCCUGACCAUCGACAAGCUACUGUUGGAGGAAGAGGAUAGCGAUGCCUAUGGCCUCAACCACACGCUCUCUGUAGAAGGCUUUUAGGCUAGUGCCACUGAGCAUCCUGUCUCCUGAAACUUGGAUUGAAAAAUGAUCCCGGAAUUGAACCUUAGGAGUCAUGUCUAUUUGGAAUAGUCAGUUCAUAACUACACUUUCUACCCCAAACUAGUAUUGCAGACUUCCUUUAUACCUUCCUUCCUCCCUCCCUUCCUCCCUUCCUCCCUUCCUCCCUUCCUUCCUCCCUCCCUUCCUCCCUUCCUUCCUUCCUUCCUUCCUUCUUUCCUUUAUUUCUUCCUUCCCUGUUUUUAGUCCUCCAUCCUUUCUUCCCCUUUCUCCCCUCUGCCUUCCCUUCUUCCCUUUGCUCUCCCUUUUUCAUUACCUGUUUUCAUUUUUACUUCUUUUGUGGAGAGAGUUAUAGAGAUUUUAGAGAAAAUUAUCAGUGCCAAAUAUGGCCAACUCUGUGGCCCAGGUGUUUUCACUCCUUGGAGUAGCAAUCCUGCUAACUCUGGAGGCCAGUGCCACACCUGUCAUUGUCAAAUGUAUGGGGUGCCCUGCAGAAAGACUGGCCCUGCCAUCACCUCCAAGAGCAGAUACAAUGCCAGAGUCCCUGACCUGUCAGUUUCCACAGUUGAUUGCUGUUCUCAGCCUUGGCCAAGGUUUACCAUCUAGGCAGCAGAGUCCUAAAAUGUGAGACUCAGCUGGAAGUAUCCUCAGAGUGGAUGGGGGGGGGGGUUUGGAGGGUCCCAGGAGGGAUGGGAAUAGUAUGCAUAUAUGAGAGGGUAUGUGUGGAGGGUAGGGGGAAAUGUUGGGUUUUCUGGGAAGAGCAGGAGGGCUGAGAAAUGGUUUAGCUCCAGUUAGUUGGUUCUACAGGAGAAUCAACCUAAGGAAACCAGUGCUUUCAGAAGUGACUUUGCUGCUCUCCUGGAGGGUCAUGGUCAGGACGUCUUUUAGAAUAAGGUGAAAGAAGAGUUUAGCUGCAUCCCCAUCUACAUCUCUUAUGGUCUUGAGGGUAGGCUGAAGCAGCUGGGUCAUGGAAUUCCUGCUUCAUGCUACUACAUGUGUUUCUUCAGUGCCUUAUAAGUCUCUCUUAGCCACCAUGACAUGGAGCCAUGACCUCAGCCCUGACUGCCCUCCCACCUGGAAAUUUCUAGAACCUCUGCCAGGAUAUCCUUAGGUUUCAUUUUUAUUAUCAUUUCUGAAUUUUCUUUAACCGAGGGAAAUAUCAACUUUAUAGGGAUCUGAGCAGAGUUGUCACCCAGGGAUAUUUUCUUUGCCAUUUAAAAUAAAAACUCUGAAGAAAGUUUCUUUUUUGAUUCAUUUCUUUGUAUCUGUCUAAAAUUACAAUAUAAGCAUUCUUCUAAUUCAGGCUUACGUUUUAGAUUUAAUUAAGAGAAGCCAGGGGGCCAGGUGGUGGCACACCUUGUUCAGAGCACAUGUUACAGUGCGCAAGGGCCCAGGUUCGAGACCCCGGUCCCCACCUGUGGAGGGGACAUCUUUGCAAAUGGGUAAGCAGGACUGUAGGUGUCUCUCUGUCUCUCUCCCUCUCUAUCAAUCUCUCUCAAUUUCUGACUGUCUCUAUCCAGUAAAUAAAGAUAAUAAAAAAUGUUCUUUAAAAAAAGAGAGAAGCUAGGAAAUAGCUCACUCAAGUGUGCAUACUUUCCAUGUACGAGGCCAUGGGUUCAAGCCUUGAUACCACAUGGAAACACCGUGGACAACACUGGGGGAAGCUCCUUGGGUAGUGGAGUGGUGCUUUAUGACUGUCCUCUCUCUCUCUCUCUCACAGUCUGUCUCUCCUUCUCCUCGUCAAAAAAUAAUAUAUAAAAAAUGAACCAGAGAGACUAUCUAGUGGUGAUAUAGCACAUGUCUGAGACCCUGAGUUUUAUUCCCUAGUGCUACAUAAAAAAAAUAACUAAAAUAACCAGCAGGCUGUAUUCAGAGGAUAGAGUACAUUCUUGUGAGGGUUAAGAUUUGAACUCUGGCACUGCACAUAGUGGAGCAAUCCUCUAAUCUCUCUCUCUCUCUCUCCCUUUCACAUAAAAUAAAUCUUUUUAAAAGAAAGAAUUUUAUGUGGUAAAAUUUUGUCUUUGUUGGUUGUGCUUGUGAGUAGGCAAGGGAAAAUGGUACUUGGACCUAUUUGACUGAGAGACUUGGUUCCCUAUGAAAACACUUGGGAAGGGUUUUUAGCCUACUAUUUGAAGAUUUGAGAAGGGGUAGAAACAGUCUCUUUAAAGGAGUUCAAGUUGGGAAGAAUUAGCACAUUUAAAUAACUUUUUUUUAAUGCAUUUGCUAAGAUUUGCUAAAAUGACAUUUUUUGUUUUCUUGUUUUGAAGUAAACUGUCUUGGUUGCAGAAGUCAAUUUAGGAUUCUCCCUUGGUUUUCCUGCUAAGAUGGAAACAUUUUCAAUAAAGAUUUUCUCAGA